UUGUGUUUUAUUCGACUAACUCUUGUGUGCUUUAGAACCUUGUACAAGUCAACUACCGCAAGGUGAACAUUAAGUACUGAAAGAAUAUUACAAUUUCCUACAGGUUCUGAUCCGCACCUCCAAGAUCACUCAAAAUCUUGAUACAGUCAGACCACCGCCCACACCAACAGGGAACAUUUCACGAUUCGGUCACGGCCCAACCAUAAGUUCGGGUUUUCACCGUGAUGGUGCCAACGUAGUUGUUACUGGUUUCUUUGGGGGCUAAUUUGGUUUACCAACCAGGUGUAUCCAAGCUCAAGGUCUCGAUUGCUGAGGUACCUCACCUUGUGUCUGAGAGUGGUGAUAAUCUUCGAGUCCAUCAUGUCUGUAUUUCCUCCUCUUUUCUUCAGUGACUUGUACCAUAAACACCUACCGUCGAUCCAUGCUUUGACCGUUCAAGAUACAAUACCCUUCAACCCUCUUGUUUUCUUGGUACAUGAUGUGUUGUGAAGUUGUUGGCGUUGAGGGGAUCAAGCGAACAAUGUGGGGUGAAGAGAAUGGCAUCUGGCAUACACGCUGGUUGUCAGUCAAUCUUGUCAAUGCUCCCCAAAGCUGUCGAGUACUCAAGGACGGCAUAAACACAUGGUAUGCUUCUCAGAACAGCUUUCCAAGAACGCUUCGUAAUACAAGCUAUGUUCAACGGACCAGACAUAUCCCUGCAAUGACGGACAAAUUGCUCAGAGAGAAAACAGAGGAGAGGACUGUGGAAUCCAGAUCAUAUACUUAUUUGUAUAAGCAAGUUACCCAAGAGUAUCUACCACACCUGAGGCAUCUUUUACCUCUCGCCAACAGAAGCAAGAGAUUUUGCAUCCAUCCAAAACCGAAACCCAAAGGCAAGCCGGGAACUCUGCAAACAAGCCAACGGCACCACCGCCCAUGUCCUCAUAUAUGUAUAGUAAGCGAAAAGCAGAGCAGACGCUCCAUAUCCCGCCACCCAAAGCCGUUCGUUCAAUUCCUCUGGUUCUGCUUAUCCAGCCGUCCAGGAAAAACACUUUCGUAUACCCGCCAGACAACCUUAAAUCAUUGCCUUGCCAGGCUACUUGCACCAUUUUCAUUUUUUAAGAGCCGCCCCCAUAUCACCAAGACUCCCUCCGUACAAGGAAAAGAAAAUAAGGUAACCAAUCAAAACCCAAGUAGAACCAGCAAGUUUAAACGCCAAGCCAAAGGGGGAGGGAUAUCGAACCAAACCAGCCGACCAAGCCUGCCCAGUUCGCAAAUCGUGUAUGCACAUUAGUAAAUGAACAAAAGCCAGAAGAGCGUUGUACAGAUCCCAAAAAGCAAAACACCAAACCAAAAACGGGGUUGCUAG